AUGACAAAGUACUUUGAUACAAUCAAAUUUCAGCAGAUCCCUAGGGAAGAAAACCCGGUAGCUGAUCGUUUGGCCAAUGCAGCAUCCCUAGCGGAUGAGUCACUCACCAGAGUCGUCCCCAUUGAUGUCCUAGAAACACCGAGCAUCAUAAGGGGAGUGCAGGUGUUGGUCAUCCCAUGGGAACCAAGUUGGAUAGAUCCAACAUUGGCUUACCUUGAAAGAGGAAAACUCCCUAAUUCUAAGGAAGCAGCCCGGCAGCUAAGGAUGAAAGCUUCCAAAUAUUCUGUGAUACAUGAAGAGGAGUGUGGGAAUCAUUCUGGGGGUAGGUCAUUGGCUCAUAAAGCUCUCACUCAAGGUUAUUUCUGGCCCUACAUGGCAAGGGAAGUAAAAGAAUACUCUCGCAGAUGCGAUAAAUGUCAAAGAUUCGGAAUCCCAAAAUCCAUCAUCAUGGACAACGGGCCGAAUUUGGAUAAUCAAUACACUCAACAUUUCUUUGACAAGUACGGUAUCAACCAGAAAGUGUCAGCUACAUACCACCCCCAAGGCAAUGGGCAAGCGGAGAUAACUAACAGGACGAUCUUUGCCUGCAUCAAAAAGAAGCUUAAAGAUAAAAAAAGGGAAGUGGUUAGAAGAAUUACCAAAUAUCCUAUGGGCAUAUAG